AUGAGAAAUCAAAGAUAUCCAUACAGAAAAACUACUCCUGAUAUGCGAGAAAAAAUUGUUGAUAUGGUUAACAACCAAUAUAUUCCAAUAGUUAAAGUUUCUCACCUUUUUCAUCUUGCACCCUCAACAAUUCAAAGUAUUGUAAAAAGAUUCGAUGAGGAUGAUAGGAUAGGGCAUGUGCCCUGGGGAAAACUGGCCGUUAAAGAAGUAGCUACUCAACGUGGAAAAAAUAUUACAAUAAUUGCUGCAAUGAGUGGAAAUGGAAUUAUUAAAACCUCAUACCGCUUGGGUUCAACCACUAGUAAUAAUGCGAGUAUCUACAAACAAGUUAAACAAAUAAUUAAAAAAACACCACAUGAAGUCAUAUUUUUGCCAACAUAUUUACCUUUUUUAAAUCCGAUAGAAAUGGUUUUUUCUAAGGUGAAAAAUUUGGUAGCAAAACAUCCUCUCGAUAGCCAAGAAAAAAUUCUAGAAAGAAUUGAAGAAGCGUUCAACAAGGUAACUAAACAAGAUUGUAGAUGUUGGAUUAGUCACUCUCUAUCAUAUUUUGGUAGUUGUUUAAACGAAGAAAGGAUAGGAAUGUAG